AUGUCUCUUCUCCGAUUCCAUCCUCGUGAUUACUUUUACUCAUCACCGAUGGAGCGUUUUCUCGUCAAUGCUCUUGAAAAUACAUUCGAUGAUAGAGCGUAUCGAUCGCUUCAUUCCGUUGCUCCAUAUUGGCUUAAUCAAUCGCUGAUGAACGAAUGCAACAUUGGAAAUGCUAUUGGAGAGGUAAAGAAUGAGAAGGACAAGUUCUCAGUUCAGAUUGACGUAUCACACUUUCAUCCGAAGGAACUUUCGGUGUCAGUUCGUGGUCGUGAAUUAGUAAUUGAAGGUCAUCACAAUGAACGCAGCGAUCAGCCCGGUGGUGGGGGAAGUAUCGAGCGUCACUUCACACGAAAAUAUCUUUUGCCAGAGGAAGCACAGCCGGAAACGGUUGAGUCGCAUCUCUCUGAUGCAGGUAUUCUUACAGUCUGUGCAAACAAAGCUGCUAUUGGUGCACCAGCUGCUCGUUCUAUUCCUAUUCGGGCAUCUCCGAAGGAACCGCAAGGGAGUGUAGAGCAUGCAACAAAUCAGUCGCAGUAA